AUGUCUGAUUUCCCUUUCCCUUCCCUUUCUUCAUCUUCCGAUCCCAUUAUUGUAUUGUCCCCAUCGACAGUGCCAAAACCUUCUCCAUCACCAGCGCCAGCACCCUCACCAGCGCCAGCACCCUCACCAUCGCCAGUGAUAGCACCCUCCUCAUCGCCAGCGCCAGCACCUUCUCCAUCACCAGCGCCAGCACCCUCACCAUCGCCAGUGACAGCACCCUCCUCAUCGCCAGCGCCAGCACCUUCUCCACCUCCUCCCACUUCAGCUCCUAAUGCACCCUCCGCCUCUCCCUCCAAAGGAGGGGCGGGUACCAGGAAGGGGAGGCAUAGGAAGAAGGACACAGCAGAGGAGGAGCGGGUGAAAGGACACAGCGUAGGAAAGGCUCGUGAAAAGCAGACCAGGAGGGGGCCGGGGGGCGGAGGUCUUGGGGACUGUGACAAGCUAGUCGGCCAACACUAA